AUGUCAGGUGGGGUUGGUCCAUCCAGUGACAUUCGUCUUCCUAAAGAAGAACAACAUGAACCAGAAAACUACAAGACAGUCCCAAAGAACAACCAAAAACCUCAUACCCACAAGAGUAUCAUCACUUUCCGGCAACUUAACGUACUCGCCGUGAUCAUCGUCCUCGCCGCCAGCGGCAUGGUAAGCGUCGAAGACUUCGCUUUCGUAAUCUUUUCUUUGAUUUACAUCUACUUUGUAUCAAAGGUUGCAUUCCCAUCUCGCUCUUUGUCUGCGGAUCCUCCGGUUUUCGGCGCAAACAACAAGAUUCUGAGGCUUUACGUGUUGGUCGGAGCAAUUGUCGGACUCUACCUACCCAUAGCUUACAUUUUUCAAGGAAUUUUCGAAGGCGACAAAGAGGGUAUCAAAGCAGCUGCACCACAUGUUUUCCUGUUAUCCGGUCAGAUUUUCAUGGAAGGUGUGACAUUUUCCGGCAAAUUUUCACUUCCGAUUAGGGUUUUUGUGCCGGUGUUCUACAAUUCAAGGAGGAUAUUUACAAUUAUGGAGUGGUGGAGGAGUGAGAUUUUAAAGGUGGAUCAAGAGUAUGGUGGGAGUGCAUGGAGAUUGUAUAUUGGAAGAGCUCUUGCUGUGGCUAAUUUGAUCUUUUGGUGCUUCAAUUUGUUUGGAUUUUUGUUGCCUGUUUAUCUUCCCAAAGCUUUCAAGAUUUACUAUUCUGGGUCCAGGGUUAAAGAUUGA